AUGGCUCGCUUUGCCCUCUUGGCGCUGUUGCCGACAGCACUGGCAGACCUGGAGAAAGCCCUAAGCCAGGAUGAGUGCACUGAUCCAGCUACAUGCUCUCUGGAGCUGCUGCAUAUGAGAGGCAAUUAUGCAGAGAGUGAUGCCAAGGUGGACUACCAGCCUGGAAGAGAAACAGGUGUUUCCUGCAUGUGGUCGGGGUGUGAUUCAGCAAAGCUGGGUAUGGUGGAAUGCCACCACUGGCGCUGUAUUUGCCAAACCACGGCCAGAUGGAGUUCUGAUCUGAAGACCUGCGUGAAGGCAGAAGAGCCAGCUGAGGGCCAAGACACAGGUGGCACCUGCGGUUGGUUCGCCUGCAGCAAGACCCGUGGACCCACGAGGUGUGAGGGCGGCAAAUGCUUAUGCCUUGAUGGGCACGUGUCUUUCGGCGGGAAGUGCUACGAAACAACAACGACCACAACACCAACGACACAGACUUGGCCGGACGCUGUGGUCGAGACAACAGUGCCGGCAACUGUGCCGGCAACACCAGCACCGCAUGCUGCCCCACCCCCGAAACCAUUGAAUGAUGCUGAUGCGGACAAAGCGGGUGGUGCAUGCGAGAAGUCGCCAGGGUGCUCAAAACUGGGCUUGAAUGGCCUGUGCUGUCCAACUGCUGGAGGUGUGAUGCUGGGCUGCUGCUGA